UUCGCAUCCCAGCGGCCCCAGUCUUCCUCCAUCACUCGCUUCCCACGCACGACUCAACAGCCCCCCUCCCCGGACAACAGCCACACGGCUCCAAACAAGCUUGCAACAACACAAUCGCACGCGCCCGGCUCUUCUGUCACAGCACCCCUUUCCUCCCCACCUGCAGACACCACACCACGCCGGCCGCACGAUGACCGAUCGAGCUCUUCUACGCGCGGCCCAGAAGGAGGCACUACACUCACAACCACACGACCCAGCCGCUCAACUAAGGAGAAGGAGGAUAAAGAGGACACAAAAGGGGAUAGCAGUGAGCGCUCACGCACAAAUGCAGCCCGUACACCACAGGGGUCCCAAGGCGGCAGAUCAAGCUCUUCUACGCGCGGCCCAAGAGGAGGCACUACGUUCACAACCACACGACCCAGACGCACAACGAAGGAAAAGGAGGACGAAGAGAAAGAUGAGGAGGAUAGCAGUGAGAGUUCACGCACAAAUGCGGCCGGUACACCACGGGGGUCUCAAGCUGACAGAUCGAGCUCUUCUACGCGCGGCCCAAGAGGAGGCACUACGCUGACAACCACACGACCCAGACGCACAACGAAGGAGCAGGAGGAUGAAGGGAAAGAUGAGGAGGAUAGCAGUGAGAUUUCACGCGCAAGUGCAGCCCGUACACCACGGGGCUCUCAAGCUGACAGAUCGAGCUCUUCUACGCGCGGCCCAAGAGGAGGCACUACGCUGACAACCACACGACCGAGACGCUCAACGAAGGAGAAGGAGGAUGAAGAGAAAGAUGAGGAGGAUAGCAGUGAGAGCUCGCGCACAAGUGCAUCUCGUACACCACGGGGGCAGGAAGGCGACAGAUCAAGCUCUUCCACUCGCUCACCGACAGGCAUCACGACCCUGACAACCAUACCACCCAGACGCUCAACGAAGGAGGAGGAUGAAGAGAAAGAUGAGGAGGAUAGCAGUGAGAGCUCGCGCACAAGUGCAUCUCGACGACGGCCUACACGGGGUGAGGGUGGGAGAAGCACCGAAGCGAAGAAAAAAUCACCUCGACGGCCGGGGCCUUCGGGUGGAGGCGGUGGAAGAGAGGGCGGGAAAGCCAAAGCUGCUGCUCCGGCUAAAGUCAUUCCCAACGGCACGCGGGAUAUGCGCCUAUUGCGAGUUGUUGUGAACGGUUUUGAGUCGAAUGUCGUCGAAGUCAUCAAGGCCAAGAGAGGAUACAUCUAUAAAAUAGACAACGUCCUUCCCUUCAGGUGGAACCCCGGACCAACUAUUGUCAAUUUCUUCCAUGAAGUUCCCGAAUAUGCCAAGUUGGAUUUCUUCGUACAAAAGUUGCCCCGAGAGCUGCGAGAGCAGGCGCGUUACUGCGACUAUUUGCAUCGUCGCAUCUAA